AUGGAUGGGCAGAUUAAAGAAACUGUUGAUGAACAACCACAUUUUCUUUUUAAAAAUAGUAAGAAUUUGAAGCAGAGACUUUGUAAUAUAAAGUCACAGGCAAAACCAUCUUUAGCUCAACUAAUUGCUACCACAACUACCAAAACAACAACAACACCAGAAGGUCUAUCUACAACACCAAAGUUAACUGAAUGCAAACCUGUAUCAGUGGUCAAGAGUAUAACCAAGAAUGCAUGCAGGGGAUAUAUCGAAGAGACCAGCUGUAGUGGAGUGUGCCCUUCCCAGUCUUGGUUUAAUCAAGAUACACAGAAGAUGGAAUCUGUUUGUGCCUGCUGUGUGCCUCGGAAAUGGCGUAAAAAGGAAUUUGCCCUUAAAUGUCCUAAAUCAAAACCCUUAAUUCUUAAAAUAUCUGUCAUAACGGAGUGUGAGUGCAGCUAUGAUGUAUGUAAAAAACAUCACUAAGUGUGACAUUAUAGUCACUGCAUUCUAUGAUACUGCAUAACUAAAAUUAAUGCAGUUUGUAAAGAAUUUAGUGUUUUGAUACUGUUCUUGUAUUUUGAUUUGAGAUGUAUUGUUGCACUUUUUCCAUAUGAAAUGUAAAAACUGAUUCGUUUUAACUUUUUUUAUCCAAUACAUUUUUAAUUACAAUACUUACCUAUGAAUAUAUUAUUUACAAAAUCUGUUCAUAAAAUGGGCAUGUUUCUAAAGAGCCAAUAAACCCGAUCUGAAGCAAAUCGUCACACGUGUAUUUGGAAAGAGGUUAAGAAGCUGUAAUAUAUCUGGAGCCCAAGAUGCAAUGCAUACUUACAUAUGGCAAUCAUAUAUGUUCUUAAAAAUGAGGUAUGACUAUGAAUACUGUGGAGCAUGCAUGGCUUUCAGGCAAAAUAUAGAAAUUGCUAACUGAAUAAAUAAAAAUGUGCAGUAACCUACA